GAGCCGACUGUGGAGAGUUGGUUAUGUUCUCAUACCUGUCAUUAAUACGGGUUUGUCUCAAUAGCUUUUAGAAUGGGACCCAGAAUAGCCAACUCCCUGCGCGUUCAAAAAGUUUAUAUUUUAUUUGGAUUUUUAAAUAAUGUACAAGCUAUCGUGGAGCCAAUUAUAAUUGUUAUUCCAGCGUCCGACUACAAUUUUUUAACAAAUAUCUGACCAAUUUAUAACAUUACAAAUCUGUUGCCAUUCGAAAAAAAUAAACGAAAUGUUUUUUUUACCUGGACAUUUUUAUAUCCUACCUCUUUACAAUAUUUUCGCCUGAUAGUCUUAUCCCAUGUGAAUGAAUUUCGAUUGUCGGUGACUAUUUUGUCCAAACAAAACUUAAUCUACGGAUAUAAACCCUGUCAAAAUGUCCGCAAGGACUGGAAACGAAUGACUUUCAUCUUCAACAAUGAAGUGGCUGUGCAGAAUAGAGAGUUAAUGUGAUGCUUUAAUCCAAAUCCCUGACGUGGAUAUAUAUUAUUACAUAUUUGUAAUACCUAGAAACUUGUAUUUCAUAUCAAAACGUUUUCUAUGCAAUGGUUUAAAUUAAAAUUCCCCCCUUGUCAACAUGACAUAAAUAUUGUCUUUGUCAUUGGAUGUUUUAAAACUCAUAUUUAAAAUUAUUUAUCCAGGAUAUAAAUGCAAUUCUUUCAAAAGCGUCAGCAUGUUAUUAGAUGACAUUUUAGACAAUAAAUACAACACAUGUGUUUAUGAGCGUGUUUUAAAGCGCACUGAGGACAUUAACAUUGUUUUAUAUGAUUCGGGAUCAUCUACGUGACCACUAGGAAUCAAAUUGCUAAGGUAAUGAACGAUCACAAAUAAUAUGUUCAUAGGAUUAUGUCAAGUAUCUUUUGAAAUCACAAUAUUGCUUAAAUAAGUAAUUUUUGGACCAGGAUAAAUGCAUAUUUACUAGGCUACCCAACAUAAGGAUAUUGAAUUAAAGCAUAUUAUUUGUGAAUAAUGCAAUGCAACUUAAUAGUGAAAUAGUCUAGAAAGUAUGGAACAAAAGUAAAGUAUUUCCAAAAUAUUUAACAUACCAAAACAUAUCAGUACGUUUAUGGAGGACUAUUCUAGAACUAUUCUUUAUAAAUAACUUCAAUUCCUUGAUGUGUAAAUAUGCUACUGGACGUAAGAUUGGAAAUCGUUCUUUCUGACACUUUGAUGUUUUGUGAUAAAGUUUAGUCAACGUCACAUUGGAGGUGUUUUCCAUGCAUUAAACAACGGUUCAAUCGUUAUUUGCGAUUGCGAAAUAGGUAGGCUGAUCCGCACUAAACGAGUGCAUGCUGGGGUGAGUAGGAAAACAUGAAAACAUUAAUACAGAAACAUAUAUUUUUUUAUUUAUUUUUUUACAAAUGACUUGCCAUUCAAAACCACAACCAAUCGGAAACGAAAAUGGUGAUAAGGCUCAACCAAUCAGAAGCAGAAGGUGGAGUGAGGGCUCCAAACUUCAAGUAAAGUUCCUCUAUCGCCCAAAGUCUGCGCUCACUGUGAAGACUGCUGCGUCCAGAACUGUACCACCCCUGACAGCACAGGACAGGACGAAGAAAAAACAAACAAACACAUAAAGGGAAAACAACUGAGUUUUGGUUGAUGUUGUGAAGGAGUCUACCUACCAUGGUUCAGCGUGCGUCAAAUGCGCAAUUGUUCUAGCUCAUUAUUUUCACUUGAAUAGUCGGCGACGCAAAAAAUAAUAAUCAACGACACUAGAGUAUUUACACCGGAUAUAAUCCUUUUGAGGCUGAUCAAAUGUUAAAAAUGACCGCAGAGCAUGACAAGUCCAUCAGCGACCCACCGUGUAGCCCGGCGGGGACUACGAGCUCCAUGUCGCAGGAUGAUUCCGACUCGGAUGCGCCCUCGUCGCCAACGGGAUCAGAUGGACACGGAUCACUCCUCGCUGGUAUAGGAAAGAAACUGGACGGCGAGGAUGAUGACCGAUUCCCAGCCUGCAUACGUGACGCGGUGUCGCAGGUUCUCAAGGGAUACGACUGGUCCCUCGUCCCCAUGCCCGUUCGGGGAAAUGGCUCGCUGAAAAAUAAACCCCAUGUCAAAAGACCGAUGAACGCGUUCAUGGUGUGGGCGCAAGCGGCGCGCAGAAAGCUCGCGGACCAAUACCCUCAUCUGCACAAUGCCGAACUGAGCAAGACUUUGGGGAAGCUAUGGCGCUUACUCUCAGAGAAUGAGAAGCGGCCAUUUGUGGAGGAAGCGGAGAGACUUCGGGUGCAGCACAAAAAAGACCAUCCCGACUACAAGUACCAGCCUCGGCGUCGGAAGAGUGUGAAACCUGGGCAGAGUGACUCCGACUCUGGUGCAGAGCUGGGGAAUCACAUGUACAAGGCUGAACCAGGAUUGUUGGCAGGCCUAGCCGAUGGACACCACCACCCUGAACAUGCAGGCCAACCCCACGGUCCACCCACACCCCCCACCACCCCCAAAACGGACCUGCACCACGGGGGCAAACAGGACAUGAAGCACGACGGACGGCGCCUGCUGGACAGCGGCCGACAGAACAUCGAUUUCAGCAACGUGGACAUCUCCGAGCUCAGCACCGACGUCAUCAGCAACAUGGAGGCCUUCGACGUGCAUGAGUUUGACCAGUAUCUACCGCUCAACGGCCAUGCCUCCACCGCUGGCGCAGGCGUGGACCACCACGGCCACCAUGGACCAAACCCUGCAUCUGGUGCCGGCUCGUAUACAUCAUACAGCCACGCCACAGCGAACGGUGCCGUUUGGAGCCGCAAGAGUGCCACCAUGUCUGCUUCUUCCUCUACUUCUAGCGAGGCGGUCCCACAGCACCGGGCCCACAUCAAGACGGAGCAGCUGAGCCCCAGCCACUACAGCGGCGACAGUCACUCUCACAGCUCCCCCUCCCACUCAGAUUACUCCCACUCCUACACAGCCCAGACCUGCGUGACGUCAUCCGCAGCUGCAGCUUCCUUCUCCAGUUCUCAGUGUGACUAUACAGACCUCCAGAGCUCCAACUAUUACAACCCCUACUCAGGCUACCCUUCCAGCCUGUACCAGUACCCUUACUUUCACUCCUCCAGAAGGGCGUACCACGGGAGCCCCAUCCUCAACAGUUUGUCCAUUCCCCCCACCCACAGUCCCCCCACCUCCAGCUGGGACCAGCCGGUGUACACCACCCUAUCCAGACCUUAGGUGACUGUUCAUUACUCACCAGGGACGUGUUCAUCAAUAUGUUUUGCAACAGACAACGAAGAUGACCAUUUCCUAUUCUACAAGUCCAAGAAGUCCCUCCCCUUUUUCUUUGUAUGGUGCCCAAUGAACACAACCCAGGUCUCAUGGAAAUGUGAGAACUGGAGGACGAGGAUUGGAGGGUGCUAGGCUAUCCCCGUGCCAAUUUGAACAUAUCGAAGAAAAAAUAUUGAAGUGCCUGCUGAUUUUAUACAAACCUUUUUCGUUUUACCUUAACCAUGGAAAGACAGAAAGACUGACUUUGACAAAGAAAUCAAAUCAAAGGCGAGCCAAAAUUCCUCUGUGAGGAGUCGGACCCCCCCACACACACACAUCUAGUACAGCCACUCCUUCUUCAAGUUCAGGGUUGUGUUCAUUAGGGCACACAAUGGAAAUGUUUUUAAGAUAUAUUGCAAUGGAAAAUGAGCUUUUCUUAUUUCUUCUGUUUGGUGCCUAAUGAACACGACCCAGGUCUGCACAAGUUGUUGUGUUGUGUGCACUGUUGAGACAGCAGCGUGUAGGCCUGCCGCGGACUUGUGUACGACAGAGACAGAAUAACGCUUAGGCCCAAGUCCUUGGUGAAGCAGAUGGAGAAACAGAUACUUUUGGAAUGAAGCUCUGGGAUUAAGAUUUUUUUUGUUCACAGACUGAAUCCCAUAUGGCACCCUAUUCCCUAUACAGUGCACUACUUUUAACCAGGGCCCAUAGGGCUCUGGUCAAGUAGUGCACUACAGUAUGAGGCCGAGCUGUAUAACUUAAAUAUGCACACAGAUAUUUACAUCAGUGGACCAGUCUUAAUUCAGUUGUUAAUUUGAAUUCUUAAAUGUUCAUUUUGUUGUUAUUUUGAUCUUAGAAAUAUCUUAAAUAUGUAUUUAUGUUCAUCACAUUAUUUCUCGUGUUAUUUCCAAUGUAGUCGUUAAACACCAGUAACAAAGUAGGGGUAUAUCACAAUGUCUAUUAAAUGGAAAUGGGUGGGUGGUGGAUCUAAGUACAGUAGAAAUUCCAUAACCCAUUACUACAUUUUAUAUCAUCAUUCCCUAGAUGACCAAUAAGGAACAUUGUCUCCAUUCCAAGUUGCAGGAAAGCAACGUGGGACCAAUAGAACAGAUCUAUUUGAAUAUCACAUGAUGCAACAGAUACCAAUAGACCAAUAGAAUGCCACCUGAUCCAACAGGUGCCUGGAAGCUAUGCUUGACCAAUUGCGAUUAGUCAUGAUGUGGGGUUUAAGGAAGUGGGGUAAGAUAACACCAGACACACUGAGUAACGCGUCAGCUGGACUCAUGCAGACAGGACGACACACAGAUGUGUGUGUGUGUUCGUGUGUGUGUUGUCCCAGGGGACCAAGCAUGAACAAGUAAGGACAGAACAGUUGUUUUGAUUGACGAAGCAGCAUACUGUACUGUUAUCUGAGUUAAACAGGGCAGCAUACUGUACUGUUAUCUGAGUUAAACAGGGCAGCAUACUGUACUGUUAUCUGAGUUAAACAGGGCAGCAUACUGUACUGUUAUCUGAGUUAAACAGGGCAGCAUACUGUACUGUUAUCUGAGUUAAACAGGGCAGCAUACUGUACUGUUAUCUGAGUUAAACAGGGCCACUGAAAGCUUACAAAGAAAGACAGAGAGUCUUCUUAUUCACUAUGACAGAAUGCAUGUGAGAACGUUCAUGUAUGUGUUUUGGGUCAAUUCCUCAGAAGUCAUAAGAUGCCAAUUCACUGUAACCCAGUUUACAAUGUGCAGAACAUAUUUGUGUCUUCUAAUGCUUUAUCAUCAUUUCCAAAUUGGAUUAUUAACAGACUUCAUGCAGCAUACAGUACAAUCAGUAAUCCACACUACAGAAUCAAAUAAUCUCUACGUAAUCUUAAUUUGGUGCCGUUUGUAACAGCCUCAAUGUCUGUUCAGUUUGUCUGUGUGCAGACCACCAUACUCUACUUUAUGUCCACAGAAUGCAGUGUUUUUCUUUAUAUUAUCGCAGUGUAUGUUUUUAAUGACUAAACUGUGAACUAUGUCAUCAUCUAUAUUAACUAGGUCAUCCACACGCCACAGCUAACCCAUUUGCUGGCCGUUUCUCUGUAAAGAAAUAAAAAUGAACUUUUCUCAUUGA